GCCCAAAACUCCAAUAUAACUCCAAAAGCCCACUCAAAAUUCGAAGCCCCAUUAAAUUGGGGAUUUUGAAAAAUUAGGGUUUAUCUCUUUUUUCACUUCUCCACCUCUAAAACCCUACUCAAAUCAAUUACAAUUUCACUGCAAAAAAUGGGCAAACGAGAAAAGAAAUCAGUAAAAACAGAUGUUAUUGAGUUAGAAGAAUUAGCAGAGGUAAAAAAGAUUAAGAAAUCUAAGAGAAUGCGAAUUAAGAAAAAAGAAGAAGAUUAUGAAGAUGAUGAUGAUGUUGAAGCUAAUGAAGAUUUGAGCUUGAAAAUUGUUGAAAAAGCUUUGCUUCGUGGGUGUAACAAUGAAAAUUGCUUGAAAAAGAAUGGUGAAGUUGUAAUUAUUACAGAUUUGAAGGGGGAAAGUAAAAAUAGUAAAAAAGAGAAAAAGGAAAAGAAGAAGAAGAUGAAGAAGGAAAAGAGUGUUGAGAACCAAGAAGACCCUCAGGUGUCAAGCGGAAUAGAUAAGGGUUUCGAGAGCUUCUGUAGUGAGAUGUCUCUGGUGGAUGGAAUGAAAGAAGAAAACGUGGAUAAUAUAGAUAUGAAUGUUGUUGAUCAUGCAGCUGAAAAGAAUCCUGUUGAGAUGUCGAAUGGUGUUGUCCUGCGAAGGCUUCUUCGGGGGCCCAGAUACUUUGAUCCUCCAGACAGCAGUUGGGGAACCUGUUAUAAUUGUGGUGAAGAGGGUCAUACCACAGUCAACUGUACUUCAGCCAAACGCAAAAAACCAUGUUUUGUUUGUGGGAGUUUUGAUCAUAAUUCUAAACAGUGUACAAAGGGCAAAGAGUGUUUCAUCUGCAAGAAGGGCGGUCAUCGUGCUAAGGAUUGCCGUGAAAAAGACCAAGGACGAUCUGAAAGUUCAAAAAUGUGUUUAAAAUGUGGAGAUUCUGGCCAUGAUAUGUUUUCAUGCUGGAACAACUAUUCGGCUGAUGAUCUAAAGGAAAUACAGUGUUACAUUUGUAAGAGUUUUGGUCAUCUUUGCUGUGCAAGCUACCCUGAUGGUGGUCCGAGCGAAAUAUCCUGUUACAGAUGUGGUCUACUAGGCCAUACUGGUUUGGCAUGUGCAGGAUCUCGUGGGGAGACUAGCGGUACGGGGCAUCUUAGUUCUUGUUAUAGGUGUGGCGAAGAAGGACAUUUUGCACGAGAAUGUACUACUAUAGUCAAUAAGUGGAAUCGGGAAUUAUCAACCCCCAAGAAAAAAGUUUUCAGGGAAAGAAACGAACAUUACGAGUUCAGGUCUGCUCCUCAUGAUUUUGGCAAGGCAAGAAAGAACACACAAAAUGGAGGAUAUACGUCAGGCUACAAUUCAAAACAAAGGGCUCGUUGGAUCACCGGUGAUGCUGAAGACUUCCCUCGAUCCAAUGGUUGGAGAUCUCCUUCAACUCCUGGAAACAAGAGAGCCAGGAUGUACAACUUUGGUGCUGUUGAUCAUUCUUCUUAUUCAUCUAGAAAGUCCAAUAGGCUCGACUUUAAUGAUUCAACUUCUUAUGGAUCAGCCAAAUAUCAUCAUCACCAUAGGUUUUCGGCUUCUCGAUUUGGCAACAACAGUCAUGAUGGGAGGAGAAAUUAUGAAUGGUAACAGAAACACUUUAUCUCCUCUUUUUUUGGAUGACCGAGAAAUCCAUCCGGAGCCGAACCUUUGGGCCAACCGCACACGACUUCGCACCUCGGGAUACUGGACUUAGUUCGCUUCGCACGGGGCUUGAACUUGUGACCUAAGACACAAGUCCCUCAACCUUUGCCAAUUGAGCUAAUGACUUGACCUUGGUUAAAGAAGUCUGUGGACCCUUCCUUCAAGGGCUCCUAGAUAGUGAAAGGUUGUCCCUUUGCAAGGCUAGAACCCAGGGGCAUCUCCUUUUCUUUUUUAAUUAUUAUCAUUAUAUAAAUUUGAGUUCCCUUGAUUCCAUUAUUGUUCUCCUGCUAAGGGGCAGGUGAAAUUAGGUUCUGUCAAUUGUUUAACAAGCUAUGCAUCUCUCAUCAAAAGACUUUCAGAUUACUGUGCUCGAGAUCCCGACUUGCAAGCUGUGGCCAUUCAUUGAGGAGGCAAAAUUGUUGUUAUUUUGAUUUUCAACUCCCAAAAUCUUCUCUCGGAUUUCAAAUUCUAGGUUUUAUGAUUUAACUAACAAACAUGUCGAUGAGACAUAACACUAUAGCUUAUGUUGUAAUGUUGAGGCCUUGACGCCAUGAUUGAAUCUGCCACAGGGUUGCUCAACAGCAAGGUAGUUGUAUGUGUAAUGAUAGAUCUUUUUUUAUUUGAUUAACUAGUGAAUUGGUUCGUGCUUCGCGCGAUUAUAAAA